UUACUCCGAUCAUCUUUCUCGGCAACUCUAUGGAUUCGAAGACAGAGUCGAAGCUCAUAUCACUCGCAUCUCAAAUAAUGUCUCCCGCGAAAUCUAUGAGAUUUGAUCUUGAUUGGGUUGAUGAAAAGAGGAUGAAUUCUUUCAUUACUAAAGUAAUGUCUCUCGUCAGCUUAAUGGAUUUGGAUUUGCAGCCGAAGCCGGAGUCGGAGUUCAUGUCACUCACUACUCAAGUAAUUUCUCUACUCCACUCUAUCGAUUUAGAUUCCAUGCCGAAGCCGCUGUCAAAUCUCAUCUCACUUCUUUCUCAAGGAAACUUUGACCAUAAUACCGACUUCAGGUUAUUCUUUCGUCAAACAAUAGCACUCGAGCCGGAGCCAAUCUUUGUGUCACUCAUCUAUCAAAUAUUCUCCCUCGUAAUAUCUAUGAAUUUUAAGAGGGAGAAGCUUAUUUCCUUAUGUCCUCAAGCAUGCGUAGUAUUGGGUAAUAAUGGAAUAUUUGAUGUGAUCGUACGUAAACAAGAAGAAGGGCAGUUUCAUCGGGGUAAAGCAAUCCCGUGGAGUAGAGAUAGCAAGUGGGAAUGUCUCCCAUUUAACUGGAAGACAUACUGGUCUACUGGAGAAGAUGUUACUCAUUUUCGAUGUAGAAAUUGCGAUGGCGACAACCAUAAAGAAUAUAACAAGGCUCCGGUUGAGAUCAAACACUCUCUUCAUCGGAAACAUUCUCUUCAGCUUGUCUUGUUGGAUGAGAGUAGUUAUACGAGGGUAUGCUAUUGUUGUGAUGAAGAUCUCAAAAAGAUGUUCUAUUAUUGCCACGCUUGCGAUUUUGGUCUUAAUUUCGUUUGUGCGAAGAAAGAAGCAAUCUUAUAUAUAGACCAACCGAAGUGGCAUGAGCAUACACUUGCUCUGUUUCUAAGAAAGACUUCCUUAACUUGCAACGCAUGUGGCUUAUCACAUUCAAGUUGUCCUCUCUACAUGUGUCCUCCUUGUGACUUUGUGAUCCAUAAGAGUUGUAUCAGCUUACCACGUCUCAUAAGGAUAUCACGUCAUUUCCAUCGUAUCGCUUUUACCACUUCUUUUGAUCAAGGAGAUUGGUCUUGUGGUGUUUGUCGCAAGAAGAUCGACAAUGAUUACGGAGGCUAUGCUUGCGUCAAAGGUUGUUCGUAUGCGGCUCAUUCGAAAUGUGCCACUCAGAGCAAUGUGUGGGAUGGUCAAGAACUUGAGGGAGAGCCAGAAGAUAUUGAAGAAGAAGUGCUUCCUCCGUUUUUGAAGAUAAGUGAUGGAAUCAUACAUCAUUUUAGUCAUCAGCAGCAUCAUAUGAAACUUGAUGAGAACACGAGCAGAGAUUACGACGAGAAUAAGCAUUGUGAAGCAUGCAUCAGGCCAAUCUACUUCGGUAAUUUCUACUCUUGUUUGCAAUGUGAUUUUAUUCUUCACGAAGAGUGUGCAAACCUUUCUCGCAAAAUACAUCACCCGAUACAUCCACAUCUGCUCAAUCUAAUUGGAGGAUAUGAUGGUAUUAUAAACUAUUAUAACGAUAAAUGCUCAGCUUGUAUUGGAUUGUGCAAAGGUGGUUUCUUCUAUGAGUGUGGUAAAGAAGGAUGUAAGUUUAUGCUACAUGUGCAGUGCGCCACAACUUCUGAGCCAUUAGUCCAUGAGAGUCAUAUCCAUCCUCUAUUUCUAACAUCCAAACCAGGAGAGAAGAUACGUUGUUCAGUUUGCAAGGAUUCAUCAGAAACAUUCAAUUGCAUUGAGUGCGACUUUGCUUUGUGUUUCUAUUGUGCUAUUUUACCUCAAAAGGUAAGGUAUAAGCAUGAUAAGCACACGCUCACUCUUUCUUAUGGGAAGGAGACAAGUACCAUGACGUCUUGGUGUGAAGAUUGUGAGGCUAAAAUAAAUCUGAAAGGACGGUUUUAUACAUGUAAUGAGUAUUGUUGUGUCACCCUACACAUUAAAUGUACGCUAGGGGACUUACACAUGAGGCCCGGUUCAACGUGGAUCACCUUUGGUAACAAGGUAGAUGUUCUACCCAACAAUAAUCGUAUGUCUCGAUCUAUUUGCUCCUUUUGUGCGAAGCACUGUCCACAUAAAAUAGUUUACAUGUGUUCUGGAUUGAUAUUAUGUUCCCAAAGUUGUGUAGUGCGUAGCAUAUUGCAUAAACGCUGGCGUUACAGAGAGUUAGCUUUUUUGAGUAGGUAUAAUUAGUGUCUAAUAUUGUUAUGAUGUAUUCCUAUGGAAAUAUUACGCAAAGGAGUAUCUUGCUUUUG